CGUGAGCAGGAGGAAGAGGAGAAAAAACGACAAGCGGCCGAAGUGGUCAGAGAGAAGGAGGAAGAAGAUAGGAGGGAAGGAGAGAAGAUCUGAAAAGAGGAGGCGAGAGAAGCAAGGAUCAAGUCCACGAUUCUGCGGAUUUUGUCACAGCGUAAGGAAUCAGCGAUGAUGGGAUCAGCGCCUCAGCCGGCUACGGAAUCGAAGAAGCGGUCACCGAGAUCUAAGUCACGCAUGUUACGCGACAUCCGGAACUACAUCGCGGAGUCAGAGGACGACAGCGAGGAGGUGAAGAUCGAAGCCGACAAGCUUAUCGAAGCGCUGGAAUACCGAAAGAAGCACCGUGCUAGUGUAGUUGGGAGUCGGGCAGCGACAAGCUGGGUGGUGAAGAGUCCGGUAACGAGGAAAGGGAAGGCAAAGGUUGUCGAGACAGCAGUAGUUGAUCAAGUUUUCGAGACUCCAAAGAAGACGUGUCCUGCUGAGGCCUCGAGCGAGGGACUUGUGGAAUACGCACUCUCGCAAUCGAACGAGUUAAGUGGACUUAAAGCGAAGGAGAUUAGAAAGUUGUGCGAUCGAGAGGGUGUGGAGUAUGUAGUGAAGGGCCAGGCGGUCCAAGAACUCGUUCGUUGUUGGGUGAAACUCGCCUACGAAGGUUUUCUUUGAGCAUAGAGUGCACGCUACGCCAUCUCUGAAGCAGUCAGACGAGGAUCUGGAUGCAGUAUGAAGGAUGUGGAGGAAGUGUCAUCACGAGAAGCGAUUGUACGGAUUCGGGAGUUGAUUUUGAGAAGGAAGGGUAGAGAAGAAGGUGACACUCGACCGCUAUUGAUUAGGGAAGAAGAGAAUUACCUGUCUAUGUUGUUUCUCCUUUUCGCACUCCAGGGACUUUUACCUUGGUUCCGAAAGCUCUUGAGA